AUGCCGGCCGCUGAGGAGGGCGAACGCGCCGGCGGCAGCGGCAGCAGCGGCGGCAGCGGCAGCGAGAGCCGUGAGUAUCGCGAAAGGGGCCUGGGCAAGCGAAAACCCGUCGAUGAGUCGCUGGAAUGGCGCCCUGACGGCGAGGAGGGGCGCACCACCUCGAGCAGCGGCGGCAGCAGCGGCGGCAGCGGCAGCGGCAGCGGUAGCGGCGGCGACAGCGACGUGGUGUCGCCGUCGCAGCAGGAGCGGCGGAAGCGGCGGCGGCUGGAGCAGGAGGGGCAGCACCCAUCCCCCGCGGCGCGGGAGACGCGCGCCAAGAACCGCCGGCAGCAGAAGACGCUGCAGCAGGGCAGGGCGCCUGCCGCCGCUGCAGGCGCUGACCACGGAGGCGCGGCGGCUGCCGAGGCGGCCGGCGCGGACGGCUGGCGUGAUGGCCAGCAGACGGUGGCGGACGCUAUGAAUGGAGAGGCAGAGGCGGCGGAGGAGCUCGUCAAGAGCAGACCACAGCAGCAGCAGCAGCAGCAGCAGCAGCCGCGGCAGCAGCGGUGGCUACGGCGGGCGGGGCAGCAUCGCCAGCGGCGGGGCGAGGGCGGUGGAGGAGGCCCCGAGGGCACCUCCGACGAGGAGAGCGACUCGCAGGGCGGUGAGGGGGCCCGCGGGGGCGUGGAUGCGGUGGACCUGGUGUCAUCGGGGGCAGACUCUGACGGCGCCGGCGCUCGCAUGCAGAGCCAGCAGCAGCAGCAGCAGCAGCAGCAGCAGGAGCAGCCGAAGAAGUUCAGCAGGCGCCGCACCCACGCGCAGCUGCCCACGGAGGUCUUUUCGCAGGGGGACUUUGGGGCCGUGGGCGGCGACAGCGGCGCAGACGACGAGCCAGGGGGCGCAGCCGACGGCGACUCGCCUGGGAGGCGGGCACAGCUUGCAGCCCGGCGGCAGCAGCAACAGCAGCAACAACAGAAACAGCAGAAACAGCAGCAGCAGCAGCAGCAGCAGGAGGAGGGUGAUGACGUCACUCUGGAGGAGGAGUCAGCAGAAGAGGAGGAGGAGGAGGAGGAGUAUUGGCCGGCGGGCGCACGGCGGCGGCGCGGGGCGGCCGGCGAUGCGCGCGCACCAGCCAGGGGCGCCAAGCGGACGAGGCGGGAGCAUUCCCCACCUCCUGGCCCCAGCGCGCCGGCCGCCGCGGGCCCGGCGCAGCGCGGCCGCGCGCGCGCCGGGAAGGGGUCGGGCCAGGAGGUGUGCCAGGCGAUGGGCGGCGGCAGCGCCCCCGCCGCGGAGGACACCGGCACGCAGCCGCCGGACGACGACUUUGCGUUUGUUGGCGCGGGCGGCAGCGGCGGCGGCGGCAGCGGCGGCGGAUUUCUCGUGCAAGCGCCAGGUUACGGGCCCGACGUGGUGGAGGGCAGCGAUGACGGGGACGCUGACCUGGACGCUGAUCGGGACGAGGCGGUUACGCGCGGGGAGCUGCUGCGGAUGCGGGGCGCCUACGAGGCCGCACGUCUUGGCAUCUGCACAAAUGGCACCUUCUCCACCAAAACGCGCAUUACGCGCGUGGCACGUGCGGCGGACGGCUGA